GCCGUCUCGAUGCGACGUGUGGAGCAGCGGCGUGAUCUUAUUCGCCCUGGUCUGCGGCUACCUGCCGUUCGAGGACCCGAACACCGCAGUGUUGUACAACAAGAUCUUGAGCGCGGAGUACACGCCUCCCAAAUUUAUCUCCGAUGGCGCCCGCGACCUGAUCGCCAGGAUGCUGACGACGGAGCCGGACUUCCGGAUCACGAUCCCGCGUAUCCGACAGCAUUCCUGGUACCGCCAGAUUCCCGAGGCUUCAAGCCCGUACGUGCCAGUCGAGAAGGGGGACGAGGUCCUGAAUCAGGACGUGCUGGACCAGAUGGACCGGCUCGAGUUCCCUCGCAGCUACACCGUCAAGUGUCUGCAGAUGCGCAAGCACAACCAUGCGACCGCAACGUACUACCUCCUGCUCGAGAAGAGGAGCCGAACUGGUGGCUGUGCUCUGAAGCAGGGGGAGUUCCCCAGCCUUGAGGCGCCGAUGCCGGCCGCCGACGCCGACCGGGCCGCUGGCGGCGCCCCCCAGGUCCCGCAGUUCGACGUGAUCGGGAACGAGCAGGGAGCGGGACCGUUCGGGCUGCCCCUCUCGGCGCGGGAACGCCAGGGCGAGGCCG